AUGUUGCGAACGAUUCUUGUACGAAACCAAGUUUUAGCUGAUAGCGUUAAAAAAGCUAUUCGGUGUAAUGUCACGAGAUGUUUGAGCACAGAAUUAGCCAGGAGGAAACAAGCCAAUAAAUUAUUAUCUCCAUCACAUCAGCAGUUAUCUGCAACUCAGCAAUGGAGUAUACAAGUAAGGCAUUACUCAGAUUUCCCUCCACACAACAAAGUAAACCUACCAGCGCUUUCGCCAACUAUGGAAAAUGGAUCUAUAGUUAGCUGGGAAAAGAAGGAAGGUGACAAACUUAAUGAAGGUGACCUACUAUGUGAAAUUGAGACUGACAAAGCAACUAUGGGAUUUGAAACUCCAGAAGAAGGAUAUUUAGCUAAGAUCUUAAUUACUGCUGGAACAAAGGGUGUUCCUGUUGGCAAACUUCUUUGUAUCAUUGUUGAGAAUCAGGCUGAUGUUGCUGCUUUCAAAGAUUUUAAAGAUGACUCAUCAAGUGCACCCUCCAGGCCUGCACCACCAAAAGAAAAAGCAGCUGCAGCACCUGCCGCAGCAUCCCCAGCUGCAGCUCCUGCACCUGCUGCUGCUGUCCCAGCAGCCUCAGCGCCACAACCGGCUGCGGCCUCUCAACCAGUGCCAGACCAGCAUAGCAGGAUUUACGCCAGCCCUAUGGCAAGAAGGCUAGCGGAGCUCAAGAAUAUUCGGCUAGGCGGCCAAGGGUCUGGGCUGUAUGGUUCAGUGAAGAGUGGUGACCUCGCAGGAGCAGCACCAGCACCAGCACAAGCACCUGUAUCAAUACCAGCACCAGCUCCAGGUGCCACCUUUGUGGAUAUCCCACUCUCCGGUAUGAGGGAAACAAUUGCAAAGAGACUGUCAGCCGCUAAGCAGACAAUACCCCACUAUCAGUUGUCAGCUACUGUCAAUGUAGAGAAGACCUUGGAAAUGAGAAAGUCGGUCAAUGAUCGGCUUGCCAAGGAGAAGUCUGAUAUUAAGGUAUCGGUGAAUGACUUUAUUGUGAAAGCAGUAGCGGCGGCCUGCAAGCGUGUGCCGGCUGUCAAUUCACAUUGGAUGGAUUCCUUCAUUAGACAAUAUAGCAACGUUGACGUAAGCGUGGCAGUGGCCACGCCCACUGGCUUGAUCACGCCCAUUCUUUUCAACGCGGACUCACGAGGGAUUAUUGACCUCUCGAAGAAUAUGAAAGAGCUGGCUCAAAAAGCCAAGGACAGUAAAUUACAGCCUCAGGAAUACCAGGGUGGAACUGUUACUGUAUCCAAUCUGGGAAUGUAUGGUAUUACAAUGUUCAAUGCUAUCAUCAAUCCGCCUCAAUCCCUAAUCUUAGCCUGUGGUGGACUACAAGAGAUUGUUAUACCUGACAAGAAUGAACCUCAAGGAUUCCGUCUAGCUAAGUUCGUAACAUUCACUGCAUCGGCCGACCAUAGAGUAAUAGAUGGCGCGGUUGGCGCUCAAUGGAUGAAGGCACUUAAAGAAAACCUCGAAGAUCCAGCCAACAUGAUCCUAUAA